AAAAUAAUGUUAAGACUUUGGACUAGAAGCUCAACACGGAGUUCAGUGACCGGUUUAAACAAUCGCAUGUCUUAUCAGUCAAGAGAAUGUAGCCGUCAUUCGAGGAUCCUGAGUAAAUUAAUUUCGUAGAUGCAUACAGAGAGAGACCGUACUUUACCAAGUACGAACUGGCUAACUGGCUAAUUCAUUGCGCAUCUCUGCGAGCUUAGCCGCGGAAGCUAGCGGCGAGCGCUCACGUUUUGCCAGAGUAGUUGGUAAUAAUAAACGCUAAACAACAAAGCAACUGGUAGAGCCAAACAUAAUGGUAUGGGUCAAAGGGAUAUCACAGCGUUCGAGGCGUCCAUGAAAAGAAAAAAAGGAAUCCCCACCGUCUCUAUGUGUCGACUGGAUGUGGAGUCCGCUGUUGUGAAGAAGGAAGUUGAGCCCGGCGGACGAGAUGGUGCUCUUUCCUCGUCAAGAUAUCUGUUGGGCCGGGGGGUAAAGCGUAAGCUGAGCACAUGUGAAGACCCAGCCCAGGACUUGCCAUAUCCUCAGCAGAGGCAGCUGGUGCUGGACCUGUGUCUAGACAAACUACAAAGCUGCCAGCGGCGAGCGGAACCCAGCCUGCACCGUUCGGUCCUCCUGGCCAACACUCUCCGCCAGAUUCAGCAGGAGAUGAGACAGGAGGGGGAAACCUGUUUGCCACCAGCCGUACUCGGGCCCUCUCUUCCUCACAUCCAGACCCCACGCCACGUCCCAGAGCUGCCACCCGUGCCCUUAGACUGUCCUGCACCUCUAACCGGUGCACUGUCCCCUUCAUUUCCCCUUAUGACAGCUGAUGAAGAGGAGAUCCAGUUGGGUGGCACUGAAAAUGAGACUCUUCUGCCAUCCCUCGCUGGUGAAGACAACACAAAGUCGUCAGAUUUGCUUUUUGGCUCAUUUGAGAUUACAAACUCCACCAGCUACUUAACAGACUUGGCAUUAGAUGACAUCUUUGAGGACAUCGACACGUCCAUGUAUGACUCCUCUGACAUUUCUGUUCUCGCGGUUCCUGCACAGAGAAGCGGCGGGGUAGACGAUGGCCUCAAGAGCCUUUCCAGCUGCAGCUCCAACAGCAGCUUACAGCUCUGUCUCACAGACCUCAACGACCUGGACCACAUCAUGGAGAUCUUGGUGCGCUCCUGAGCUCCAGCUCGCACCACAGUGUCCUCGUUCAGCCAUCUUGAUGUUUUCUAUGGGAAAUGAGUAAUACGAUGUGUUUUUCUUUUUUAAAAAACAAAUAUUUUAUCUAUUUUUAUACAAAGGACUGAUAUAUUUAUAUAAAUAUAUAUAAGAAAUGGAAAAACUGCCUGACACACUCUCACUGUAGGAUAAAUGCACAUUUUUAAGACUCUUCAGAUGGUCAAGCUGACGCUGCCAUCCUUCAUAUUUAAGCAAAUCAAGAUAUGAAUAUGCAGGGACUUCGGAAUCAAAAACAAAGUAUUACCAUUGACACUUAUUUAUAAUGGACUCAGAUGUAUUUAAAAGGAGGAUGGCAUUGAAGGAAAGUGGACAGGGAUGGACACUUCGUAGCUUUUGAUGAGCUAAAUGACUUUUUUUGGUGAUCUCCACUGUAUUCUGAAGCAUUACAUUUACUGUCAGUAAUUACGAUUAUCAGAUCAUGUCAUGCACAUGCAGCACUCACACUACCUCUCAAGAUACCAAGAGCUCUUUCUCUAUACAAAGACUGUCAUUGUUACGAGUAUAUUGUAAUGGUUUCUCUCCAGUAACUUUCAAAAAA